AGGGAAACCAGUUAAGUUUAUGUGCUGAGGCGCACCUGGCUCAACCCUCUCCUCUCUGGAUCUGAGCCCAAGUUCCGCGGAAGCUGCAACUAUGAAGGAGAGACGGGCCCCACAGCCAGUUGUGGCCAGAUGUAAGCUCGUUCUGGUGGGAGAUGUGCAGUGUGGGAAGACAGCAAUGUUACAGGUGUUAGCCAAGGACUGCUAUCCGGAGACAUAUGUGCCUACUGUGUUUGAGAAUUACACAGCCUGCUUGGAGACAGAGGAACAGAGAGUAGAGCUCAGUCUCUGGGACACCUCAGGUUCUCCCUACUAUGACAAUGUCCGCCCACUCUGCUACAGCGACUCAGAUGCAGUAUUACUAUGCUUUGAUAUCAGCCGUCCUGAGACAGUGGACAGUGCACUCAAGAAGUGGAAGACGGAAAUCCUAGAUUAUUGUCCCAGCACCCGUGUGUUGCUUAUUGGUUGCAAGACAGACCUACGAACAGAUCUGAGCACUCUGAUGGAGCUUUCCCACCAGAAGCAGGCACCCAUCUCCUACGAGCAGGGCUGUGCAAUAGCCAAGCAACUGGGUGCGGAAAUCUACCUGGAAGGCUCCGCUUUCACCUCAGAAAAGAGUGUGCACAGCAUCUUUCGGACGGCAUCCAUGGUGUGUCUGAACAAGGCCAGCCCCAUGCCUCCGAAGAGUCCUGCCCGAAGCCUCUCCAAGCGACUGCUACACCUCCCCAGUCGCUCCGAACUCAUCUCUUCUACCUUCAAGAAGGAAAAGGCCAAAAGCUGCUCCAUUAUGUGAAGUGGACGUUGGACAGGGGAGACAGCCUCCCACUUCCUCCCUUGGGGAGCAGAGGCACGGGGAGAGGGAGGAUGAGACAAUUUAGGACACUGGACAUGGAUUUUUCAGACGGCCACGGUGAAGGCGUGGAAGGAGCCAGGAAUGGGACGAGGAAGGAGCCAGGCCCGGCAUGAGGGCCUGACACUGAGAGAGAACCAUCACACCCCAAAGGCAGGCACUAGGUUGUGGAGGGGGCGGCUGCCCCAGUGCUCCAGAGGAGGGACAGGUGUGGGAGUGUGGGGGCACGCUGGCCUCAUGGGCUUGGGGGCCUGCAGGAGCCUCACCUUUCGCAUCAUGCCUCUUCCACAUGGCGUUUUCAUGCAGGCCAGGGGAUGGGAGGGGUCCCUCAGCCCUUCCCUUCCCUCUGAGGAGGCAGCAGAGGAGUGGAGAGUGGGGAAGCCAAGUGUCAGCUCGCUUGGGUGCUUCAUAACUGAAAUUAGAAGGGCAGGAGCUGAUCAGAGCCAAUGAGAAGGAAAACUCAUCUUUGCAUAGCCCAAGCCUCAUGGAGAGGUGACAUCAUACAUUCACAUGCUUCUCAACUAUGUCCCCAGAGUCCAAGGGAGAAGCCUCAGACCCCCUUCUCUUGUGGAGUGUGGGGGUGGUGGUGCUGGAGGGGGCAGGGCUGGGUAGGAGUACCAGACAUUUUCUGCCCUUAGGGCAAUCCAGCUGGCAUUUGUUUUAUAGACUCUUGUCUUUGGAAUGGGGGGAGGGGGGAGUGUUUCAAUCUGUUAUAUGUUCUGUGUUUAAAGAA